GGAGUACAGAACACCAUCCUCAAUACACUCACCCGUCAUCAAGUGCCCAGCUCUCUCGGCGAUUCUUGAGAUUUCUUGGACAUUGCACAUGAUUGGCGCUGCGGAUGAGCAUGAGCUGGGUCGAGAGGUUGGCUCGCUGACCAACUGGCCGACUAGGCCCAACUCUGAUCUUUCCCUUGCCAAUGUUAUGGCCGCUUGGGUGGCUGGCGUAGUUUAGAAGUGCGAUGAUUUAUGGACACGAUGGGCCGGCGUUGAUAGAACCACCUGAGACGACAGUUUUUGGAGGAGUGCAUCUCCAAGCAAAGCCGCUUGUUGCAAGAUCCGAGUACCUCAAUAGUUAUCCGCUUAGUGCUUGAUAAGGUAGCAUUUCCGCGAAUUCUAUUCCCUGUCGCUGCGUUGAUCUAUCUGCUUUACCAGGUUGUCCAUCCGGGUCGGCUUGCCAUUGGAGACACGCCUUUUUGAAACUCCUACGAAGCUGCGCCGAGAUAAUUAAUAUGCUAGGCACUUCGUGUCAAAGCCCAGGCAAGCGUAACUACUUAACAACAACGGGAGCCCCAGGUUCUACACUAGUGGUACCUUGAAAGCCAUUUUUGAGCUUUAAAAUAUGUGCUCCUCCUGAAUAUUACUUUGUACCAACCUGGGAAAAAACAAGGUCAUAUAAGUAUGCGGCAUUUCUAUUCAUUUGCAGCUAUAACCGCAAAAUUAAUCGACAUCAGCGUCGCUCAGAGUUCUUGCACGGCUACGCUAACCGCAUCUUCUACCCCCGUUGCAGCCGAUGGCUAUAAUGUGAAUGUGGUGGCACAGGGUCUUCGACGGCCGAGGUCGCUCCAGUUCGACUCACAGGGUAACCUUCUCGUCGUCCAAUCCUCCGCCGGAAUUUUCAACUUUCGCUUGAGAGAUAAUGGUGGCACCUGCUUAGAGGUUGAAGACGAAGUCGAUCUCAUAGACCAUCCGGUCAAAUCCCGCUUGAAUCAUGGGAUAGCUCUGUCUCCGGAUGGAAAGAAACUGUAUGCGUCGGACCGUGGCACGGUCUAUGCUUGGGAUUAUGACGCGGAGGCCAGGAGAGUCACCUCAAGAAAUCCAGAAGUGGUGGUAACAGGGUUGGAGAACCCAGGUCAUUCAACACGUACACUGCAUUAUUCCCCCGGCUCGGGUGGAUAUCUUGUGGUUGUUAGGGGCAGCGCAGGCAACAUUGACCUCGACUGCGGGGAUAUUUCCACAGGCCAUUGCCAGAUGAAGGCUUUUCAAAUGGGAGAAAUUCCUCAAGGUGGCUAUAAUUUCACAAGAGAUGGAAUCCGACUCGGCUGGGGAAUGAGAAACUCCGUUGGUAUUGCUGAACAUCCAGGGACAAACGGCAUCUGGACGGUUGAAAACACCAUCGAUAAUAUAGAACGUCACGGGAUUGAUAUCCAUCAAGACAACCCGGGAGAGGAAUUAAAUUUCCAUGGAAGUAUUAAUUCAACUACCGGACUCAACUAUGGCUAUCCAUACUGCAGUGCUGCCUGGGAUGUCGACGCGAUCCCGAACAACACCGACAUUCAAGUUGGAACCGAAUUCGCACUCGACGUUGAAAGCGAUAUGAAAACAGACGAUUUUUGUGCUAGAGUAGAGGCACCGAGACUAACAUUUGCUCCUCAUACAGCUCCGUUGGAUAUCAAAUUCAAUGGAACAGAUGAGGCGUUCGUUUCCUUUCAUGGCAGCUGGAAUCGCGAUGUACCAAUUGGCUAUAGGAUAACGAGGAUUCCUUUCCAAGACGGCGAGCCCAUGGCUCCCAGAACGGAUACGGAGGCUGCCAUCAAUGUAGUCACCAAUUCCGAUACCAGGAAAUGUCCAGAUGGUUGUUUCAGGCCAGUUGGGAUGGCAUUUGACGAAACAGGACGGCUCUUUUUCGUUUCUGACUCGACCGGAGAGAUCUAUGUAGUGGCAAAACAGCAAAGUACAUCACCUCCAAGGGAAGACAAAGCUACCUCUGUGGAGGUCGGCAUUUUGAGCGUGGCUUCCAUUGCUCUAAUGCUAUGGUAUGCGAUGGGUGACUAGCGUCGCCAUCUUGCGUGUGAGACAUGGCUGGCUGGCUGGCUGACUGACUGUUUGCUACAUGUGCCCGCUGACGACAACAAGGAAUCAUAGUUAAUGAGAUGAAUGAUGAAACGGAGGAAAUUUAAACCUUCUUGGAUGAAAUUCGGAUUUUCAUAUAUAGCCAAGGGGGUAAACAUGCAGAUGAAACGAUGUUCGAAUGAGAUUGAGACUUGGAUGCC